AUGCCUCCUUCACUGAGUCCAUCCGCAUCAUCUACAACUACCAAUUCUUCUUCUGUCUUAUCUGAUUCUGCUAUUCAGAUGCCUAAAUCAACACAACGUCCUAAACGACCAUUGAGUGCAGAAAUCUUAAUUAAAAUCAUGGAUCAACGCUUAUAUAAACGCCAACAACUUGAAAUGCAAAGAGCCAAUGAGCACCUCUUGAUGCCUGCGCCCACUCCACAACCCUCUUCUCGUCUCAACAAACUCAUGUAUCCCAAGACAAAAAAAGAACAACCCAUCAAGAAACUCAAAAGUGUCAAGAAACCUCGUCCGGUGCCAAUGAAAACCAUGUCAUAUGUUUUGACACAAGACAAUAACGAGCAAGAUCGUAUGGUAGCACAACACUACUUAUUACGCACUGCUUUCGGAUCAGAUUUUAAGUCGCCUAUUCGUACUCAACUUGAAAAGGGUAUUGUAGUCCUGGAUGUUGGUUGUGGACCCGGUACAUGGACCAUGGAAAUGAGCACAGCGUUUCCUAAAUCGACAUUUAUUGGCAUUGAUCAAGAAGCCUUCUAUCCCAAAGACAUUAAGCCACGCAAUUGCCAUUUUAGAACAUGCGGUACACUUGUAGGACAACCAGAAGCAUUGAUUUUACCCUUCCCUGAUAACAGUAUUGACUACAUCUAUCAAAGAGACCUGAACUGGGGACUUAAAGGACAAACAUGGCAGCCUUUGUUACUUGAAUAUCAACGUAUCUUGAAGCCUGGUGGAUGGAUUGAAUGUGUUGAACCUGAUCUCGAAACACAAAAUAGCCUAGAGCAUGAAUGCGCCAUGAAUGACAAGUUAAUAUCUGGCUUAACAAUGCGUCAACAAGAUCCUUAUGCUGUCCAUCGAUUGCCUACGAUGUUUGCCAUCAAUGGAUUCCGACGAGUAGAAGAUAUUGCUCAAAUGCUUCCUCUUGGUUGGGGUUCUUUCCAUAGUUCCUCUUGUUCUUCUAUAUCCUCUGCAGAAACAAGAAAACGCGCAAGUAAUGGCAGUGCCAUGUCUCAAGAAACAACCGCUCGUGUUGACAAUAAGCAACAUUGUUCCGAAUUUGCUAGGGCCAUGUCUAGUCAGUACCUAUUUAUGUUAAAAUCACUCAAACCUUGGUUAUCUCAUGAGAUGAACUUGAGUUCUGAAAAAUACGAUGAGUAUAUUGCAGGUUUACCAGCAGAAUGGAAGCGUGCUCGCACGUUUGUUAAUUGGCAUUGUAUUAUUGCUCAAAAGCCAUUUGUAUAA